CACGGUGCAAAGUCCUGAAUGUAGAAGCCAAAGCUGUAAAAGUGUUUGCAUGCUAUCAUACAGACGAUAAUACAUGCCAGUGACAGCCAUGUGUCUACAGGACUCCAAAAAGCUAAAAAAGGCAAAGCUGACAAGAAAGAAAGUGACACCGUUCCCAUUCAGCCGGAUGGUGCUGUGCCUGUCUCUUGUGUUUACACUGUACGUGGAAGCCACCAACGCUCGCUGUCUGAGACCACGUUCAAAGGAGCUGCUCUGUGGUUCAGAACUGGUAGACAUCCUGCAAUUUAUCUGUGGACCUACUGGGUUUUACGUCAGCAAAGGAGCUUCUUUUCGUAACAGAAACCGACCUGGUAUAGUUGAGGAGUGCUGCUUCUGUGGGUGUAGUGUUGCUAUCCUCGAGUCUUACUGUGCGGCUCCAGUCACUAACUUCACUGGCAGAGAAGAGCAAAAGUCCUAAGAUCAUUCUCCAAGACCUAUGCCACCAGUUUAAAACAUAUUCAGGGAUGUCCAACAAAUACAGAAUAAAGACGUUCACUGCCUCUGAAAUCUGCAACAAAGGGGGAAAAUGGAAUUGUCUCAAGCCUUAGGAGACCCAAGUAAUGGAGUGCUCAAGCGCCUUUGGCAAAGAUAGUUACAAUAAGCUGUGAAUGAGCCCGAGACCGAAUUGGCUUUUCCAAGAUGAUAGCUGGCAUGGAAAUGU